AGUGGAAUUACACAUCACUUGAGAAGAAAGUCAAUAUUAAAACCCACAAAAAAUGCAUAAUAAAAAGAAAGAAGCAGAGGAAGUUAAGCUCCGAAGCCAGCGGCUAUAAAUACCUCACCACCUUGUUCGCACCAUCCAAAGAAACACAGAGUUCCAGCAGAGGAGUGAGACCCCAGAGUGCAAACCACAGCUCAGCCUUCUUCCCCCACCAUGGCUGCCAUGUGGCCUCCGAUCAUCGGUCUCCUCGUCCUCCUGCUCCCAAUCGCGCCGUCCUCCGCCAUCAAGUUCCCGCUCGAAGGCAAUGUCUACCCUGUUGGCCACUUCUAUGCUACGUUGAGCAUCGGUGAACCCGCGAAGCCCUACUUCCUGGACGUCGACACUGGCAGCAACCUCACCUGGCUGGAGUGCCACCACCCGGUCCACGGCUGCAAGGGCUGCCACCCGAGGCCACCACACCCAUAUUACAAGCCAGCAGCUGACAAGUUGAAGGUGCAAUGUGGUGGCCCGCUAUGUGCUGCGAUGCGCAGAGACGUGCCUGGGAUCCCUGAGUGCUCCAGGAAAGAUCCACAUCGAUGCCACUACGAGAUUCAGUAUGUCACCGGGAAGUCAGAAGGUGACCUUGCCACUGACAUCAUUUCUGUCAUUGGGAAAGACAAGAAAACCAUCGCUUUCGGAUGUGGAUACAACCAGGAGGAACCAGCAGACGCACCGCCCUCGUCGGUAGAUGGCAUCCUUGGACUCGGGAGGGGAAAGGCAGGCUUUGCCGCGCAACUCAAGGGGCUAAAGAUGAUAACAGAGAACGUCAUUGGACAUUGCCUCAGCAGCAAAGGAAAGGGCGUCCUCUACGUCGGGGACUUCAAUCCGCCCUCCCGCGGCGUAACCUGGGUACCCAUGAGAGAAUCCUUGUUGUACUACUCACCUGGCCUAGCAGAGCUGUUCAUUGACAAACAGCCGAUAAGAGGGAAUCCAACAUUUGAGGCUGUAUUUGACAGUGGUACCACCUACACCUUCGUGCCUGCCCAGAUAUACAAUGAACUUGUUUCAAAGGUUAGAGGUACUCUCAGUGAAUCAUCACUUGAAGAGGUGAAGGGUCGUGCUCUGCCUCUAUGCUGGAAAGGGAAAAAGCCAUUCAGAUCUGUCAAUGAUGUGAAGAACCAAUUCAAGGCACUGUCACUAAAAAUUACCCACGCCGGCGGCACCAGCAACCUGGACAUCCCUCCUCAAAACUACCUCAUCGUGGAGGAAGACGGGAAAACGUGCUUGGCUAUCCGCGAUGCCUCGUCGGAUCCUGUUCUGAAGGAGCUGAACUUUAUCUUGAUCGGAGCUGUCACGAUGCAGGAUCUGUUUGUGAUAUACAACAACGAGAGCAAGCAGCUCGGAUGGGUUCUUGCGCAGUGCGACAAGGCGCUGGAGCUUGAAUCCGUCAUCCAUUCGCGUCUCUGAAUAAUGUUCGAUCAGAUCGACAUAGACAAAAACCUUAACGAGAACAAAUCAGUGCCCUCAUAUGGUGUUUGAAACACUGUAUGAUGCUCCCGCUUAUUACGAAUAAAAUGUUGGCAUACUGAGGAAUGUGUACCUUCUGCAUAUUUACAAUCCUGAUAUGAUAUUAGAUUGACUGUA